AAACAGACUGCAGAGGCCCGCUUGUGUCUGUUACCUAUUCAUGCUUCUGUUUUUAAUGUGAGUCCCUGUGGUUCUUUGAAGAGGUCUGCUGAAUGGCGGGUACCUGGGGUCUCCUGAUGAAUCACAUUGGCACCAAAACCUCAUAUCCCCCGCCAUACCAGACAUAUUUAUGUGCCAGCCAGCCAGCCUGAAGGUCGGCCAGUAAAUUAAAAAAUGCCGCACCUCUUGUAUUCCUUCCAUUUUUCCUUUUUUUUCAUCAUCAAUUGAGUUUGAUUGUUGUUUAGUCGCGAAAGGAGCCCGCAGACGGGUGACUAAGUACUUAAAAAUGUUCAGUGACCCAAGCAACGUCUUUAUUGAACGGCUGUAAAACAAGAAUUGGGCUGUCGAGCUUUUGCGGUUGCUUUAACAAUCACAGACGACGGCACCUAGCGCCAAGCUGUAAAACAGACCUGAUCUCAGCACUGAUGUGGCAAUGAAAACACCUUAUAAAAAAGUCUAUUGUGAAUAUUUAUAGCAAUUAUAAUAUUGAAUAUAAUAAUAUUGUCGAGUCUAGGCUUCUUAUUAGCCGCGUUCAUUAUGAAAUUAGACUUCUGAUUCUAUUGAUGCAAAGAAUAGGAAGUGGGUAUAUUAAUACACUUGAGGGAGGUGGAAGCAUCAAAACACAGGUUGACCAAAUGUAUGUCGAUAAAAAACAAUCUGUGUGUCCUUGUUGCUCAUAUUGUUUCCCUGAUUCAACACUUCUCAUAAGCAUUAAUAGUCCUGUUUGUUUAGUAACUCUUAUCCCCUGUACACUUCUCAAGGCCGGUUAAUCCGUCCGUUGGUCGAAUGUGUCGUACAGCAUUCAGUUUUUAACCUCAACUGUUUUGUUUGGCUCGUCGACAUUUUUCGGCUUAAUGUAAACAUCGCAUGCUAUAGCAGGCUUGAGGUCACACAUCAUCUGUCUGAAAAACGGACAAAAACAUCUCUGUGUCACGGCGAAAGUGGAAAUGGAUGCAAUUUUCACACGCCGUUUCGCAAGUUUAAACCGCGUCUCGCUCACCCGACGAGUUGCACACUUAAGGGCGCACAAACUAUCCUCUGGUGGUUUCCUCUUCGCACCUGACCACAGUUGUGAAAACAUUUGGCUGAGGGCGGUGUGGUCAUUUCUCCCUGACGUAAAUUAAAGUCAACGGAACUGUCUGUUGCAAGACCACCGCCGUGCCAAGAACGCACCACAUGUAAGCUGUGUGCAGCAGCAGAUGGAUGGACAUUUGCUCGCUACAGUGUAUGAUUGAACAUGUGUGCGCCACAUACGUCAGACUUAAUGGAUCGGUCUGCCUCACAGGGCCGAAGUGCUGGCCCUUGAUGACAUCAGCAAUUAUUCUAUCCUCUGAUUGGUUAGUCAGAGCAAACAUUGUUACAGCCAACUUUGACAAGCAAAACAUGUCUGUAGCAAUCUGCACACAUUAACACUGUACAUUUAAUAAUUAGCAUCUCUGGUGAUAUGAUGUAUUGUGUUUAAAUGUUUUGUCACAGACUUUCACCAAAUGACCCUCUACAGUAGUCUCACAUUUACAUUACAUUUAAAAUGCUGUUCUCCCAGUCAUCACGGUCCCGUGAGGUUUGCUGAGGUCUCAUAUACGAUAGGUUUGCACCUCGCGUGACUUCAUUCGCGACAGUUGUUCAAAUUGUGAAUCCGGAAUUUCCACUGAAAUUCAGUUCCAAUUGUGCAUAAGGGGAGCGUUUCAUUGUAGUGGGUCCACUGUAGUUAAUUGGUGCACAGUGUGUUGUUUAUGUAGAUGACCAAUACUGUACUGCUCUUUGUGAUCCAAGGUAAAGACUAAAAUGUACAUAUAGAAGGUGCCAUAAGGAAACCCAGAAAUAUGAAAUGAUUUCCCUAAAUCAAGGAUGUGUCCAUGUCGCUAAUGCAUAUUUUCCAUAACUUCAACCGUUUUCACUGGCCAUAUUGUCUGUGACAGGAAACAAUUUAAAGUAAAAUGGCUUCACAGAAGAAAAAAAAUACAUUUAUUAGUGGUCCAGUGUUUCAUUUGAGGGCGGCACGGUGGACGACUGGUUAGAGCGUCUGCCUCACAGUUCUGAGGACCGGUGUUCAAUCCCCAGCCCCGCCUGUGUGGAGUUUGCAUGUUCUCCCCGUGCCUGUGUGGGUUUUCUCCGGGCACUCCGGUUUCCUCCCACAUCCCAAAAACAUGCAUACUCGGUUAAUUGAAGUCUCUAAAUUGCCCGUAGGUGUGAAUGUGAGUGCGAAUGGUUGUUUGUUUAUGUGUGCCCUGCAAUUAACUGGCAACCAGUUCAGGGUGUACCCCGAAGAUAGCUGGGAUAGGCUCCAGCACUCCCGCGACCCUUGUGAGGAGAAGCGGCUUGGAAAAUGGAUGGAUGGAUGUUUCAUUUGAGUUAGAUUUUGUUGCCAAUAACCAGUGACUUCAUGUCUCCAAUUUAUUGAGACUCUCUUGUGCCAUGAGAUUGUACUCUUUCCUUAAUUUACUCCUUGAACAUAUCACUUCCGCUUUGUGCUUCGUUGGCUCAUAACUUAUUGUCUUCUCUCAUCCAAAUGUAUCUUCCAGUUGUUUGCGUGACAUCGGAUGCCUGGGAUGCUGUCCGCCAUGCUGUUGGCCCCUACCUGUGUGCUGCUAAUGCUCGGAGGGCAUGUUCUUGCUGGAGGCUACCCCCCCAUGCCUCACAUGAAGUACAUGCAACCCAUGAUGAAAGGGCCUGUCGGACCGCCGUUCAGAGAGGGCAAGGGACAUUAUGUCGACAUGCCACCCAUGGUAGAUGUCAAGGGGGAGCCAGGGCCCCAAGGUAAACCUGGACCAAGGGGACCCCCUGGUCCUCCAGGAAUUCCAGGGAAACCUGGACUUGGGAACCCGGGCCUCAACGGGCAACCAGGUCCUCAGGGGCCACCUGGCUUUCCAGGAAUCGGUAAACCAGGACUCCCAGGACUACCAGGAAAGAUCGGACCAAAGGGGAUGCCAGGACUUACUGGCGAGGUUGGCCCUCGUGGUGAACCGGGUCUCAGAGGUCAACCGGGACACCCAGGACUGCCAGGACCAGCUGGCCUGUCUCUGAAUGGGAAACCUGGGCUUCCAGGCAUCAGGGGCCCGCCUGGUGCUCGGGGAGAACCAGGAUUAAAAGGCAUUUCUGGCCCUGCGGGUGAGCGUGGAGUUAAGGGUGAGAAUGGAAAUGGGACACCAGGACCCUCUGGUGUAAGGGGUCCCCCUGGUUUGAAAGGUAGUGCAGGACCACCUGGUCUUCCAGGCAUUGGCAAACCUGGACAAAAAGGUUUGCCUGGACUGAUCGGUUCUAAAGGUGAUCAGGGACUUCCAGGGGAUCGAGGGGAACCAGGAGAGGCUGGGCUUCCAGGUCUCCAAGGUCACCCAGGUCCUGUUGGGAUAGGGAAGCCUGGACUUGAUGGAUCACCAGGAGCACCAGGUCUCACAGGUCCAAAAGGUGAACAAGGGCUCAGGGGUUCCCCAGGAUUUCCUGGUACUCCAGGCUAUGGUAAACCUGGUCUUAGUGGGCCAACAGGAGAGAAGGGUCAGACUGGGUUAACUGGUCUACCUGGAGACAGAGGUGAGCAAGGAAUGGCGGGCCCAAUCGGUGAGUCAGGUAUUAAUGGACAACCAGGACCCCCUGGACUUCACGGCCCCAUGGGACUCCCCGGAAAACAUGGCAUGCCAGGGCUCAAGGGAGAACUUGGACCCCAAGGACCUCCAGGGCUGCCUGGCCUCAUGGGUGACCAAGGUCCAAGUGGAAACACAGGAAAACCUGGUUUACCUGGGGACAAAGGCCUACCUGGGCCAAAUGGAGCAAUUGGAAAACCUGGACCCAAAGGUGAAGCUGGACAUAUCGGUCUACCAGGUAAUCCCGGGCUGACGGGUCUUCAGGGACCUAAAGGUGCGGCAGGAUUUAUGGGAACACCUGGCCCCAGAGGUCAGUCAGGUAUCCCUGGUCUUCAGGGGCCGAUGGGUCCCAUGGGACCACAGGGUGCACCCGGCUUGAAGGGUGAGUCCGGCCUUCCAGGGCUUCCAGGACUGGGCAAAUUGGGAGAGAAAGGACAUGUUGGUCCACAAGGUCCUCCGGGGAAACCAGGCCCUGCCGGCCUUAAUGGUAUCCCCGGCCCACCUGGUCCCCCGGGUCCUCCGGGAAACGGCCACACAGUUUCCGCAGGUCCGACCGGUUCAGAAUUGGAAGGGGGCGAAGUGCCAGGACACCGUAAGGGGCCGGCGUACACUCAAGUUCCACUCUCUGCCUCGUUAGCGCCGGCCUUCACAGCCAUCCUCUCCAAGCCUUUCCCUCCCUCCGGUAUGCCAAUCAUAUUUGACAGGACUCUGUACAAUGGGCAAAAUGCCUACAAUCCCUCUACUGGCAUAUUCACUGCUCCCCUAUCGGGCGUCUACUACUUUGCGUACCACGUGCAUGUGAAGGGGACUAGCUUGUGGGUGGCCUUGUACAAGAACAAUGUACCAGCUACUUACACCUACGACGAAUACAAGAAAGGCUACAUGGACCAGGCGUCCGGGAGCGCUGUCCUCGAGCUGAAAGAAGGCGACCAGGUCUGGGUCCAGAUGCCCUCGGAUCAGGCCAACGGUCUCUAUUCCACCGAGUACAUCCACUCCUCAUUCUCAGGAUUCCUGCUCUGCCCCACAUAACUUUGCCCUUGAUUCCAACGAGUUCCCUUAUGAGCUCCUCGGAGCAGACCAAAACAUAAAAUACUUGCAGCCAUACCGAUUUCCAAAAAAACAAUACAAUUAACAGUACAGUCGUAGUAUUUCAGUCAUAUUUUUCUCUAUCGUUUUUGUUUGCUUUACAGUCAACAGCAUCAGUGAAAGAAAACGUAUGAAUCACAAGAGAAGGAUUUAAAAGGCAGAGUUAGGAAUAUUAUUCAGUGUUCUUUGUGUUGUUGUCAUUCAAAUGUGUUUUGGGGGUUGUAUUUUUAUGUUAAUUAUUGUUGUUGUUUAUUAUUAUUUGGUCGUUGUUUAUUUUAGACUGUCCGGUGCCUUAAUUUGUAACAUGCAAGCACACCGUUCUAUGCCAGUGCACAUCGUGGCCACAUGCCGACAUCAUAAGGACAAAUAUCACCUGACCUUGUCGAGAGAGGUAGGAGCUUUGUGUUGUUUUCAUCAAUGAAAAUCCUGGCCAGAUUAGUAUCAAUACAACACUCAACAAUUGUAAAUAUUAAAGAACAUUGUGGAACAUCACAUUAACUUUUUCCUAAUCGUUUGAGUGUCGUUUUCUCAUUAAAAUCAUGGAAUGAAUUCUCUUUUCUUUUUUUUUUUUAGUUUAUAAUGAGUUGGUUGCUUUCUCAAUUUCAUAGCCGACCAUUUCAAACUUCUUUUUUUCUUACUACUUAAUUUAUUUUAUUGAACUAUCCAAAAUGGCAAUCUGGAGAUACAGUCUAACAAUAAUAGGACUUCAUAGUAUUAAACCAAGGCUACAUUAAUUGACAAUGAUGCACAUGGAUAAUGUUUACACAACUCUUCAUUUGGUGUCAGAGAAAGAAGAGCUGCGGAAGAGUUUUUUUAUUUUUAUUUUUAUCAUUCCCAAGCCAUGCCUUCCAAAAUAGUUACAGUUUAACAAAACAUGGCGACAAGGACAAGAUGUUUUCGAAUUCAAAGUAGAGUGAGCCGGAAAUGCAAAUCACUCCGCAUUGACUCUGUGAAUAAGUAAAGGGACUAAAUGAGAGGCCCGCAGGUUGUGAAAUACAAGUUGUGUAACAUUUAACAAACCACCUGAUAGAUUUCUUUGUCAGGCGGCAGGCUAGAGGGUCAGAGCUGUCUGUGUACGUGUUUCUGGUGACUGAACCAUUUAAGAUAGACGCUGUGUGUGUUUGUGUGUGUGUGUGUAUAACCUUCUGCCUGCCUGUGAGCGAGUCUAUGUAUGUACUGUAUGUGGGCGUCUGCGUGUCACAUUGUCCCACUGGCAUUCAGGUCAUGAACGCUUUGGCAAAGAUAUUAAUAAACUGCAGUGAAGUUACGAAAUCCCAGAUAGAACUUGCAGCUCUGUCAAUGUUCCAUCGGAACACUGACUUGUUGUCCUCGAGCUUUGAAAGAAAGUCCUGCACAGAUAUUUUUUUUUUUGUUACUUUUACGGUGCAAAGUAAGGGAACAGAAGCGCAAAAUAAAAAGACGACAUUGCGGCAGAAUUCAAAUGACACGGCGGGAUUAAAAGAGAGAAUUUCAUGGUAACACUGACUAUAUGUCCAAAUGGCUUGUGUGCAAUAAUUCUUUGUCGGGACCAAUUACCAAAUUGAGUCGUAUAGUGUAGAAGAACAAUGUUUGUAGUUAUCGAAGACGAGAAAGAAAAGACAAUCUCAAUAAUCCUGUCAAUCUGAAAGCAUUUCAGUGUAAUUAUGCAACCCAAAACUGUCAGCGCUCUGAAUUUCGGACAAGAAUGUCCAUACAGUGAGAAAUGAGUGACCCGACUUACACAGUUUUCGAGUACUAGUGUUCCAACCAUUUGAUAUUUGAACACAAACGGUGGGGCAACACAUGUUGCAGACAAUAUCACAAUACUCACAGGCAUAUAUUUAUCCUCUGCGAAAAACAACUAUUAUUAUUGCAGCUUAUUAAGUCGCUGAGAGCAGUGGUGACUCUUCUUUGUUUGUCUGUAUGACUGUAUUACACUGCCUCCCGGUGGCCAAGGCGGGCACACAUGAAGGAGCAGCGUUAUGAAUAGAAUUGAAACAUUAAAUUAUGAUUCACAAACUGUUGAAUUCUUUAAAUGAUGAAUGGCACUUUUGGCAGAUAGAAGUAUUCUGAGUUACGAACGCGGUCACGGAACAAAUUAAUCUCAGUGCACCGCUCUACGUGGAAGCCAAAUAUUGAACUUUGCGAUCCCAACUAAUAUGUACACCCACUGACUGACAACGGCAAUCUCGGAUGAGACCUUAUCAGUAUUUUACAAUUACGUAAUGGAAAAAAAAAAUGCACUUGUACCUGUCCUGUUUGUCUCCAUAAUACAAACAAGUCAAUGCUAUGAAUCAUAAUUGUAACGUGAGUCUACAAAGAUGGUUCAAGGCUCGUUAUGUACUGUAUGCUGGCUUAUCUUUGGUAGCCUAUUUUUUGGACCUAUGAAAUGGUGAUGUGAAUUACAUGUGGUUAUUAUUCUCUGUCCUUGUGUUUGAUAGACAGUGUCACUUGCUCGCAGAGUUUGCCCUGUGUGCAAAUCAUUUAACAAGUGUCAGGAAGCCCCAUCUUAAUCACACAUCGCUUGGAAUUGUUUUGCUUUAUAUUAAAAAAAACUUUGCUUCGGUUUUGAAGGGAUUUUUGUUUUAGUUGCAUUGAAUUAAUACACGGCCAUUCCCAUUUGCACAUGAAAUUAAUGAAGAUAUUUAUACAUGUAUGAUAAUUUAAUAGGGAUGCCAAAACCGACCACCGAAGCCAAGAACGUAUAACUGGUAUUUAACAGCAUUGAUGAGUUAAUAGCAUUUACAACAUUUAGCUAGCACCCUAGUGUUAUGUUUGUCGAGGAUUAUUUUUGGAGAUUUUAUUAUUUGUGUAAUGUACGAUGUAUCUACUCAUCAGAUUAUUUUUUUUCCACACAAGGCUAUUGCGUUAAUUUUUUGAUUUUUUUUUUGCGCAAUAAAUGUGAGUAUAAAAAUGCUCUCUUUGAUUUGGCAUUGUUUUUUUUCUGCUUAUCAAAAAUCUACAAGUACUUGAUUGUAUUGAUACUAUAUCAAUAAAGGCCUUCUCUGUGUCAGA